AUGGCGGAGGAAGAGAGAGAAAUCGAAGUCCGUACGCUGUCUGGUGAAUCGAGUAAGGUUUCUAUAGCGGCAAAUAAAACCAUUAGGGACCUGAAGCUAUUGUUGGUCCGCACAUUCCCUCCCGCCUCGUCCUCUCCCAAUUUUCAUCUCUUCUUCAAGGGAGUUAAAUUAAGCUUGCAUAGUCAUAUCGGCACACUUGCCAUUGAGCCUGGUGAAUUGUUAGUCUUAGUUCCAUUCAUCAAGAAGGAUAGGCCUCAUGCCCCAAAUCCUGAUUUUUCAACAAAUUCGUCCAAUCAAAGCUCGAGCUCUAGCUAUGCGGAUUCAGUUUAUUCAGAUAUGAUGCAAGAGUUCUCAUCCUUUUUAGAUGAAUCAACCAACACAAGUAGAACACCCAAUUAUGUGCCAGAUGAUCCUUAUUUUGGAUAUAAAAGAAAAAGGAAUUUUGAGAACUAUAAUGAAAAACAUAAAGAAGAAGGACCGUAUGCUUUUUUAUGGAGUGUGCUGCAGUGUCCCAGUAAGAAUAUUAUGGAGGGCCAGAAUUGUGAAAAGUUUGUUGAGGUUCUGGAAUCCUCGAAUUGCUUGACAAAUCCACGUACUGGGAUUUGUGUAUUGUUGGAAAAUCAGGCUAAUGGUGAUAGGCAAAAAAACAGAGACAACAAGGCUUUGUGCUUGUGUCCUGCAUGGCUGAAAAGAAUUAUGCAGGCAUUUGCUUUCUUGAAUAUUUUCUCUGGAUUUCUCCAAAUGCAGAAAGAAGAAAUUACCGCAGCUCAUCUAAAGGAGGCACUAGAGCAGCUUAGGAAAUUUGGGUUCAGAGCUGGCUUUGAGGAUGUAGAGCAUAUUUCUAUUCUUUGUCCUAAGGUUGUAUCCUUAGCUAAUAAGGACAUAAAGCUUCGAAAUUAUGCUGAUGCCCUUGUUAUCAUCAAUUCUGAAACAAAAGAAAGAGAUGAAUUUGUAAUCAAAUCUAGAAAUGGUCAAAAAGCCAUGUCUUUAUCGAGGAUGUUUAUGAUGAUGAGAAAAAGAGAUAGUUCCUUUAAAACUGAUUUGUGGGAAGCUGCCAGACUUCUAAUGUAUAAAAGUGGAAAUGCAAUUAUGAUGCACUUUUCCUUGGAAGAUUUACUCAAAUUUGUGAAGGGAGGUGGGGUUCCUGCAAGUGGAAACGAAGCAAAACAGAAAAAGGGAAGCGGGUCCUCUGCUCCACACUCUUUUUUGUUCCAAAUGCGAUGCUCUGAGACAAAUCAACUGCUCCCAGUGGAAAUGGUUCAACAUCUCCGAGAGGGCUCUGGAUCAAAUGGACAAAUGGUACAUGUUGAAGAUAUUGGUGCCAGAAAAGCCAUUUAUGUAGAAAUACCACAUGAACUCUCAGAUAACACAAAGUCUGCCCUGAAAUGUAUGGGGAUCACUAAAUUAUAUUGCCACCAGGUGGAUUCUAUCAUGGCAUCUCUUGCUGGGAAGAAUGUUGUAGUGUCAACAAUGACAUCUAGUGGGAAGUCCCUUUGCUAUAAUGUGCCAGUUCUGGAAGUACUGUCCCAGAAUUUGUCAUCAUGUGCUUUAUACUUGUUUCCAACUAAGGCCUUAGCUCAAGAUCAACUAAGAGUAUUAUUAGCUAUGACAAAAGGGUUUGACACUACCAUAAAUAUUGGUAUAUAUGAUGGUGAUACUUCUCAGACUGAAAGGCCAUGGCUGCGCACUAAUGCCAGACUGCUGAUCACAAAUCCAGAUAUGUUACACAUUUCAAUCUUACCAUUUCACAGACAAUUCAGUCGAAUUUUAUCAAAUCUUAGGUUUGUGGUGAUUGAUGAAGCCCAUGCUUACAAAGGAGCAUUUGGAUGCCAUACUGCUCUUAUAUUGAGAAGACUCCGCCGGAUCUGUUCUCAUGUGUAUGGCAGUAAUCCUUCAUUUAUAUUCUCAACUGCAACUUCAGCCAACCCUCGUGAGCAUUGUAUGGAACUUGCAAACCUAUCAACAUUGGAGCUCAUUAACAAUGAUGGAAGUCCUUCUUCACAAAAAUUUUUUGCUCUUUGGAAUCCUAUGUCAUGUCCUGGAACUGUAGACAUUGCCAAAUUACAGGUGUCAAAUAAAGAUGACAAUGACUCAGCAAAUAAAAGAACAAGUCCAAUUUCAGAAGUGUCAUACCUCUUUGCAGAAAUGGUUCAGCAUGGACUUCGCUGCAUAGCUUUUUGCAAUUCACGCAAACUCACUGAGCUUGUUUUGUCAUACACGUGUGAGAUUCUUCAAAAAUCAGCUCCCCACCUUGUGGAUUUAGUGUGUGCUUAUCGCGCCGGCUAUGCUGCUGAGGAUCGGAGGAAAAUAGAGAGAGAUUUUUUCAGUGGAAAGCUGUGUGGUAUUGCUGCAACAAAUGCUCUUGAGUUGGGCAUAGAUGUUGGUCACAUUGAUGCCACGCUGCAUUUAGGCUUUCCUGGUAGUAUUGCUAGCCUGUGGCAACAAGCUGGCAGAUCUGGGAGAAGAGAAAAGCCAUCUCUUGCUGUGUAUGUUGCAUUUGAUGGGCCACUCGAUCAAUAUUUUAUGAAAUUUCCAAAGAAACUCUUCAGUAGCCCAAUUGAGUGCUGUCACAUUGAUGCUCAAAACCAGCAGGUGCUUGAACAACAACUGGUCUGCGCUGCCCUUGAGCACCCAUUGAGUUUGCUUUAUGACGAAAAAUAUUUUGGCUCUGGUUUGAGCAAGUCAAUAAUGUCCCUUAAAAAUAAGGGAUAUCUGAGUUCUAAUCUCUCACAUGAUUCUUCUGCUAGAAUAUGGAGCUACAUUGGGCAUGAGAAAAUGCCUUCGCACGGAAUUAGCAUUCGAGCAAUAGAGACUGUAAGAUACAGUGUAAUAGACAAAAAACAGAACAAAGUCCUUGAAGAGAUAGAGGAAAGCAAGGCUUUCUUUCAGGUGUACGAGGGGGCAGUCUAUAUGCACCAGGGGAAGACCUAUCUGGUUGAGGAAUUGAAUAUAUCAGAAAAGAUUGCUUUUUGUCAUAGAGCUGAUUUGCAAUAUUAUACAAAAACCCGUGAUUAUACAGAUAUUCAUGUCCGCGGUGGUGAUAUGGCUUAUCUAGCAAGGAUUUCCAAUAACCAGUCCUUAAAAACAACAGCUCAAGCAAGUUCUUGCAAAGUAACAACAACUUGGUUUGGCUUCUAUUGCAUACAGAGACGGACCAAGAAAAUCCUGGAUAAAUGUGGUCUUUCACUGCCUAAAUACUCGUACGAAUCACAGGCAGUCUGGAUUCAAGUUCCUCAAUCAGUUAAAAACUCAGUACAGAAGGAUUUUCCAUUCCGUGAGGGUCUGCAUGCGGCUUCUCAUGCUCUUCUUAAACUAGUACCUCUAUAUAUAAGAUGCAACUCAUCUGACUUGGCUCCUGAAUGCCCAAACCCUCAUGAUACCCGCUUUUGUCCUGAAAGAAUUCUAGUAUAUGAUCAGCAUCCAGGAGGGACUGGUGUCUCAAUGCAGAUUCAGCCUUAUUUCACUGAGCUUCUUUAUGCUGCUUUGGAACUUCUUACAUCUUGCCACUGCUUCGGAAUCACUGGUUGCCCGAGUUGUGUUCAAAGUAUGGCUUGUCACGAGUUCAAUGAGGAGAUACACAAGGAUGCUGCUAUUCUAAUAAUUAAGGGUGUUCUGGAUGCAGAGAAAUCUUACUUCGAACAAAUGCAUGACUCUUCUCGGAACCCUGGAGAGCAAUGUCCUGAAUUCUCAAAUUGAUCAAUGUUAUACCUUUGUUGCAAGGGAAAGGGUUAUGAUUAUUUUAUCAUUUCUUCAUAGAUUAGAGAUUGUUCUAGAUGCUAUCUGCUAAUAUCACUAAUACUAUCGUUUAUGUAGAUAGUUUUUACAUAAUCAGUUCUAUGUAGAGGUGUUUAGUUUGAUGAUGCUA